AUGCUGGACGAAGAUGAUCCUGACUUUGAUCUCAAUGAUCGAGAAGGCCAGGACAUAGGCUUUGAAUACAGUAGUUUAACGGGACAAACGAGACUGUUGGAGAGUUUGGUGGAUGCAAGGGGCCUGGUUGAUGUGAAUAUGGAACAUUACUUCUCGGGUACGAGAAUUUUUGACUUUGAGAAACAGGUGGCUGGCUUCCGCGGCAAGCAUUUUCAGACGCUGACCACCAGAUCCGCGUAA